AUGCCGAUCUUCUACUUUUCCCAAUGUUUGGCACACGUUGUCGACCGCUACGGCGACGAGCGUGUUCACAAAGUGACCACCGGGCGGAUCGAACCUUAUGUGGACGUCGACAAGAAGAUCCCAAUAGAGCUGAGGAAUGCCGCGCAGCUGGUCGCUGCGAGGGACCUAGGGGAGAACGGCCCGGACGUGCCGAACGUGCGCCGGAAACUGUCGGGUCGGCCACGCUGGAGCGUUGCGACUUGGGUCGAUCCAGAGAAACGCUUCGUGGCGUUUGCAGCUCGUGAGAAGCAGAAGGCCUUGGAAGCUGCGAGAGUGAAAGCCCUGCAGGCCGCCGCCGAAGAGGAGGAGCAGUCCGCCCUGCAGGAGCAGCGCCAAGAAGCAACAUGA